GCUGUUGUGACCCUCGGAACAAAGUUCUGGCAGAAUCACAAGCUGGGGUUUUCCCCCAUGGAUGCUGCGGUGACCCUGGGAGGAGCUCCCACCUCCAGCUGCUCGCUGGGCAGGAUCUGAGCUCUGGGCUGGACCAACUCUUUUUUUUUUUUUUUUUUUUUUUUUUUUUUUUUUUUUUUUUUUGCCAUGCACCUCCCUGCUAUAAGUGUGGAAGCCGCGUCUCUCGCUCCGGACAUCCCGGCCCAAAGCGCUGCCGUGUCCGUCCCGCAGCGCUCGCUCCAUCCCUUCCUCCGCCCCGCAGCUCCCGGAGAGCCGGCACACAGGCCUGGCAGCUACACCGUGGGCACCAUGUCGGAGCGCUUCGACUGCCACUACUGCCGGGACCCGCUGCAGGGCAAGAAGUACGUGCAGAAGGAGGGGAGGCACUGCUGCGUCAAAUGCUUCGAGAAGUUCUGCGCCAACACCUGCACCGAGUGCAAGAAACCCAUCGGGGCCGACUCCAAGGAGCUGCAUUUCAAGAACCGCUACUGGCACGACAACUGCUUCCGCUGCUUCAAGUGCUACACGUCCCUGGUGAACGAGCCCUUCAUGCUGAGGGAGAACAACAAGGUUUGGUGCAGCAACUGCACUGCUGCUGAGGAUGCACCCAGGUGUAAGGGCUGCUUCAAGCCCAUUAUUGCAGGAGACCAAAAUGUUGAAUACAAGAAGAUGGUCUGGCACAAGGACUGCUUCACCUGCAGCCAGUGCAAGCAAGUGAUUGGAUCUGGGAGCUUCUUCCCCAAGGGUGAUGAAUUCUACUGUGUCUCCUGCCACGAGCACAAGUUUGCCAAGACCUGUGCUAAGUGCAAGAAUCCCAUCACUUCUGGAGGCCUCACUUACCAGGAGCAGCCUUGGCAUUCCGAGUGUUUCAUUUGCUCCAACUGCAAGAAGCAACUGGGUGGGAAGCGCUUCACAGCUGUGGAGGAUCAGUUUUACUGCGUUGAAUGCUACAAGGAGUGUGUUGCCAAGAAGUGUGCUGGAUGCAAGAAUCCUAUUACAGGAUUUGGAAGAGGAACCAGUGUGGUUAACUACGAAGAUGAAUCCUGGCACGAUUACUGUUUCAAAUGCACAAAGUGUGCCCGUGGUCUGGCCAACAAGCGCUUUGUUUGCCAUAAUGGAAAAAUUUAUUGUGCUGAGUGUCCCAAACGACUGUAAAUGAGCAGAUGUAAGAUGGAUUUUAAAGCCCUGCUUUCCCAAACAGUCCUGGUAAAAGAGCAGGUUUUUGCAUGUUGAGAAUUUUAACUUUUUCCAUUUUAGUGUAAGAACUAAAUUAGCCUCAAUAUACUGGGUUUGACUUUUGAAGUUCCUGCAGUACAAAAGCAUGUAGCCUUGCAAAAAUCUAACCUUGUAACUCCUAGUAUAAAGGCUUGAAAUGCUGUUAGAUUUAGAGAUCCACACACUGCAUCAUCUGUGUGUGGUUUAACCUAAAACAAAUCUAGUUUUAAACUUCUCUGGUAUAUGAUUAAGCUUGGCACUUAACUGAAGUGGGUUUGACAAGGCAUGCAGAGAUUGCACCUGGGAUCACAGGGAUCCAUUAUUAUGCUUCUACAAGUACAUAUACACAACAAACACCACUCCAUUAAUAAGUAAUAAAUACCUUAGCUUACUCUACAACACCACAUUACAGCACAUGUAAGGAAUGGCUUCAUCUUACAGAUAACAGUGUUAUGGCAGUGACAUUUAGCUUAGUUAAGUUUCCAUAAACUUGUUUUAGUCUUGAUUUCCGCAUGGUUUGCCUGCAAGUUUUCCUCAUCAGCUUUUUUUAUAUCAUUGUUUAAACAAGGCUGUCUACGUACAAUUAUUAAUCCAUUAACAAGUAGUAAAUCUUUCACCUACAACAUGCACAUGCAUUUACAAGUGCCUUAAAAAUAGCUCAGACAAGGCUAGCUCUCCUAUCAUGUCAGUGUAUGUUUAGUGACUGAAUAAAAGUGAGACUAGUGCCUGCUUGGAA